AUGAAAAGGUUGUAUUCGAACACUCUAAAACCAAAUCAAGGAGAUAAAAAAGAUAUCAGGGCAGCAAAAAGAAACACUAGUGGAGCUACUCAACUGCUCAGGAAGAUAGAACUAUCUCCUGAUUGCAAGCCUGACCUAGUUACCUACAGCAUUGUCAUCAACAGUCUUUGCAAUGAGACGCUAAUUGCUGAUGCAUUCAACCUCUUCUCGGAGAUGAUCAGUAAGGGUAUCAAGGCAGAUGUCAUCACAUAUACCUCAUUGAUUGAUGGAGUUUGCAAAUUAGGCCAGUGGGAACAAGCUACGAGGUUGCUGAAAGAAAUGGCAAGUCAACAUUUUCCAAAUGUGCAAACGUUCAAUGUCUUGGUAGAUGGACUAUGUAAAGUGGGCAAGGUUCGGGAAGCUGAAACUGUGAUUCAACUAAUGAUCCAAGGAGAUAUUGAACUUUGA